CACACUCAUUUUUUAACGUGCAAGGGAAAGAAAGAACCAACCCAACCAACUUGUGGUGUUGUGCUUAAAAUCGGCUACUUCUUCCUUCCUUCCCGUGAGGAAGACCAGCCGAGCUUAUCCAGUUGCUACUGCUGCAGUAGGAGGAGCCAAAGAGGAAGAAGAAGAAGAAGAAAAAAGGAAUAGGAGGAAGAAAGGUUAGUAAGUUUGGAAGCAAGCCAGCAUCCACGUGCUUCCCUUUUGCUCACUGCUUUGCUUCUGUUCGUUUGCUUGAUUGGUCGGUGAACCGCCGGCGAAGUAGGAUCGUCGGAGUACCGGCCCAUUGGGUCAACGAGACUAGUUUGCUUUUUUCAGAAAAACAAGCAAGGAAAGGAAUGGAAAUCCGUUAUUUUACUCACAGCCAAUGAAUUCUGACUACUCUGGGCAUAUUUUUUUAUGUUUGAGUUUGACAGGUGGAAUAAUAAGAGGAGGAACGGAAAGGAAAGGAACGAAUCUGCGCGCGCCUUUUUUCUCAACUCAACUACUCCCGGCCUUUUCGCGUAAUCCCCAAAUUAUUAUUUUUUAUUUUCUUCUGCUUGGCGAGUUUAUCGGAUCUGGAAAACAAUUCCGUUAAUCCAAUUAUUCUUCUCUUUCUUUUCCCCUUCCAAUUUCCAUCUCUUUUCUCCGCCAUUCCCCCCAAAAAAGAAAGCCUCGCCAUUGUUGGAGGUGGAGGUGGAGGGGUGGGAGGAGGAAGGGGAGGAGUCGCCGCCGGUGACCAUGGACAACAUAGCGUCGCAGCUGAAGCGGGGGAUAUCGCGGCAGUUCUCGACGGGCUCGCUGCGUAGAACGUUCAACCGGCAGCUGUCACGGCAGGCGUCGCUGGAGCCUCGGCGGAACAACAGGCGCUUCAGCUUCGGUCGCCAGUCGUCGCUGGAUCCCAUACGCCGGAGCCCGAUCAAGGAGGAGCUGCUGGCGGUCCCGGACAACUUGGACUGCACGAUGCAGCUGUUGUUCAUGGCGUCCCGUGGCGACGUGCUUGCGGUCCAAGAUUUGCUGAACCAAGGGAUUGACGUCAACAGCAUCGACCUCGACGGGAGGACCGCGCUCCACAUUGCCGCCUGCGAGGGGCACGCCGAGGUCGUUAAGCUUUUGCUCAGUCGUAGGGCCAAUAUCGACGCUCGCGACCGCUGGGGGAGCACUGCUUGUGCUGAUGCUAAGUUCUACGGGAAUGUAGAAAUUUACAACAUUCUCAAGGCUCGAGGGGCCAAAGUUCCGAAAACCAGGAAGACGCCAAUGGCUGUAGCGAAUCCUCGAGAAGUACCCGAGUAUGAACUUAAUCCCUUAGAACUUCAAGUUCGAAGGUCCGAUGGCAUCACAAAGGGUACAUAUCAAGUGGCUAAAUGGAAUGGUACAAAGGUUGCUGUAAAGAUACUUGAUAAGGACUGCUAUACUGAUCCUGAAAGCAUAAGCGCAUUCAAACACGAACUAACCUUACUAGAGAAGGUUCGACAUCCAAACGUGGUUCAGUUUGUUGGAGCGGUUACCCAAAACAUACCAAUGAUGAUUGUUGUAGAGCAUCACCCAAGAGGAGACUUGGGAAGUUAUCUCCAUAAGAAAGGCCGUUUGUCACCAUCCAAAACUCUAAGAUUUGCCCUUGACAUUGCCAGGGGUGUGAACUAUCUUCAUGAAUGUAAACCAGACCCAAUUAUCCACUGCGGUCUAAAGCCAAAAAACAUUAUGCUGGAUAGUGGAGGCCAGUUGAAGGUUGCUGGUUUUGGUUUGAUAAAGCUGUCCCUAAUUUCAGUUGACAAAGCUAAAGUUGCGGCAGGGUCUUCAUUGGACUCCUCAAAUGUAUAUAUGGCGCCUGAAGUUUAUAGAGAUGAAAUUUUCGAUAGAACUGUGGAUGCUUACUCUUUUGGUGUUAUGUUAUAUGAGAUGAUCGAGGGAGCGUACCCAUUCUACCCCAAGCCUCUUGCAGAGGCUGUUAAAUUGAUGGGUGUCGAGGCAAAGAGACCGGCGUUUAAGCUCAAGUCCAGACAUUAUCCUCCAGAUAUGAAAGAAUUGAUUGAUGAAUGCUGGCAUCCUGAACCAGUUGCCAGGCCAACGUUUUCUGAGAUAAUCGUGCGACUGGACAGAAUAGUUUCACACUGUUCGAAGCAUGGAUGGUGGAAAGACACUUUUAAGCUUCCCUGGAAAUAAGAGGAAGAGGCAUGGGUUAGUAGAAGGAGGGGACACGGUGAAAGAAAGCAAUGGUGAAUGAGCUGACAUUGAUGGAAAGAAAGGGGGGAAGAAGCUUCAUGUACUACACAAGGCCAUGAGUAUAUAUAUGUAUAAGUUCUAGAGAGACGGUGGAUGUUCGAUCCGAGCAAAGAAGCAAGCAAAAGGCGGCGAGAAGACACGUUACACCAAUCUACUUUUCAAGUUCAAACUGCAUUCCAUAUGUAUUCAAAAGAUUUGCGUACAUAAAGUACAUCAUUGUGUAAAAAAAGAAGGAAACAAUGGCCGUUGUUGUAAAAUAUGUUCAUUGUGAUUAUAGAAAAAGGUGGUCUUGAUAGUGGUAGUUAUAUGUUUGGAGCGGAAUCAAUUUCAUUUUUCAGGUAAUUACUACUAUAGUUGGAGAAUGAUCACUCAUGAAAAGCUUAUAAGGUGUUUUAUUUACGACUAAAGGAAGAGUCUUGAUGGUGGUAGUGAUAUGUUUGAAGCGGAUUCAACUUCAUUUUUCAGGCAAUCACUAUUUACGACUAUAGUUGGAGAAUGAUCACCCAUAAAAAGUCUAUAAAGUGCUAAGUAUAGAAAGAUUCUCCAUCCGUUAAUAAGAUGUGAGAGCCCUCGUCUAGAAUGCUAUACAUUAACAAGAAAAUUUUAAAAUAUGUAGAUCUUGACUUUUACGGAUGCCAUAUUCUAAUAGAACGUUAAUCAUUCU